CUAAUCAUAUGACGAAUGAAUUGAAAAAAAAAAUAUUUAUUUAUUUAUUAAUAAUAGAAAAGAAAUAAUUGAUUGAAUGACUGACUGAUUGUUUUAUUACUCAAUUGUUUGGAUCAAUUGACAAGUGAUUGAGUGGACAAACCAUUUAAUAUUAUUAUCGACGACAAGACAUACUCAGUGACCAUACAUUAUGGCCGAUGCAGUCAUGAAUGUUGAGAAAGAUGUGGACAAAGUAGUGAUGAAAUUCCAAGAAAUCAGAAAUCAUACGGAAAACACUUUGGAUGAUCUGAUCCAACAGAUCCAGAGCUAUCAAAGAGAUCUAAUGCUACUGAGCUCGCCGACUAAUGAGUUGACGGAAAUUCAAUGCGAUUUACUGUACGAUAAUGUUAUUAAAAAGACCCGAAACACUAUCAGUCAGUUUUCCAGUGAGCACCGGGACAUUCACGCAUCGGUAUCACGAAUUGGUAAAGUAAUUGACAAGAAUUUUGUUUACGAUUACUCGUCGGUCAAUAACGAAGCGGUCUUCGAGAACCCGGCGAACGUAAACAUCUUGAAUCAGGUUAUUGUCGAACACUUUCUCAGACAAGGAAUGCUGGAAAUUGCCGAACAGUUGACAAAAGAGGCCAAACUUGAUAUACCGGACAAUAAAAAGAAACCGUUUACCGAAUUGAAUAACAUAUUGGACGCAUUGAAGUGCCAUAAUCUUGAGCCGGCACUGGAGUGGGCGAUCGCACAUCGGGAACAACUAAGACAACAAAAUAGUAAUACAAAUCUUGAGUUCAAACUCCAUAGAUUGCAAUUUAUUGAGCUAUUGAAGGGAGGCGUUGAAAAUCAGAUGAAAUUGAUUUCAUAUGCGCGACAGUAUUUUCAGCCGUUGGCUGACAAACACGAGAAAGAAAUCCAAGCACUUAUGGGUAGUCUUCUCUAUCUGAGGACAGGACUCCAGAAUUCUCCGUACAGUUAUCUAUUAGACUGUCUCUCAUGGAAUGAAAUUUGUGAUAUAUUUACGAGAGAUGCCUGCGCUCUAUUAGGUCUGAGCGUUGAAAGUCCGCUAACAGUCACCAUAAAUGCAGGUUGUAUUGCAUUACCAGCGUUGCUGAAUAUCAAGCAUGUGAUGCAACAAAGGCAAGUGACCAAUGUUUGGAAUACUAGAGAUGAGUUGCCCAUCGAGAUCGACCUGAGCCGCAAAUGUCACUUUCAUUCAGUAUUUGCCUGUCCUAUACUAAGACAACAGAGCACUGAAAACAAUCCUCCAAUGCGUUUGGUGUGCGGACACGUCAUAUCUCGGGACGCACUCAACAAACUGUCUAACGGCACAAAACUCAAGUGUCCGUACUGUCCAAUGGAACAGAACCCCAACGACGCCCGACUCAUACACUUUUGAACAAAUGCUUGCAAAACACUUUAUUUCUCGUUUUUAAUUAUUUUAUUAACAUAUUAUGUAUUAAAAAAAUAUAUCUAUAUAUAUAUCUC